GGAAUGGGUACGCUCAAUACCCUUUGACCUUCAGUCGAAAAAAGAGCCUGCUCCUUGGAUUUUUGCUUCCCUCUAUGAAUCGCGUUGUCUCUAGAGCAAUGACUCGUAUCUUGGCCAUUUCUGACAUCCAUGUAGACUCCCAGAACAACCUGAAGUGGGUAGAAAGCUGGCCGAGAGAACGAUAUAUGGAGGACGUGUUGCUGCUGGCCGGGGACGUGACAGAUAAGUUACCCCUGUUGGAAUCCACUCUAAAAACUCUUCUCGGGAAGUUUCAGAAGGUCUUCUAUGUCCCAGGUAACCACGAAUUGUGGAUCAGAGACAAGAAAACCACCAAAUUCACCUCAGUUGACAAGUUUCACCAGAUCCUGGAGCUAUGUGGCUCUCUUGGUGUCCUGACCAAACCAGACAAAGUCAGGACUAAAGAUGGUGGGGAGGCGUGGGUGGUGCCCCUGUUCUCCUGGUAUGCAACUCCAGAAGAGGAUGCAGAGGAUUCUCUCUACUUUUCUUCAAACACUGAGGAUGCAGAUAAGAGUCACCUGAUGUGGAUGGACAAUCACAUGUGUAGCUGGCCAGAGGAUAUUGGUUCAAGAUCCCAGUUCUUUGCCAGUCAAAACGAAGAUGUAAUGAAGGGCACUUAUGAUGCUCCCAUCAUUUCCUUCAGUCACUUUGUACCAAGAUUGGACCUUGUAGCUGCAACAGAGGAAGACAACAAGAUGGUGGAAGACGAAAGGAAGACACUUGGCCUUCCUCCUCUCAAUGACAAGAAGCAGGGUGCAACAGUAGGGUUUAACUUCACCCGUUACGCUGGGUGUAAAAGGCUCGAUACCCAGAUUAGGACACUUGGGUCCGCUGUGCAUGUCUAUGGUCAUCAGCACAGGAACAGGGACAGGGUGGUGGAUGGGGUGAGGUAUGUGUCCCACUGUUUAGGGUAUCACAGGGAGCAACAGAAUGGUCUCACCUGGGGACUUCAACACUGGGAGGGACCCAAACAGGUGUGGCCACCGACAUGAGAUUUUAUUACAGAAAUCAAGCUAAUUAAUGCCCACAGAUCUAGUCUCAUCUUGGUGGAAACAUAUUUUGAUUUCCUCUACCUGUCUUCUUGUCCAGUAUUUGUCAUACACAUAGACUGAUAUUAUUGCUUGAUUCAUCAAAACUGGUUAUUUUGUCUUAGCUUGAAAAGUUCUUACAAAACACAAUGUACGUGUAUAUGUUUUUGUGCUUUUAUAUUUGGAAUAUAUGUAUACAUAAAGCUUACAUUUUUUUUGCCAUUGUAGAUGGGGUAUAGGUAUCGACUUUCAGUUCAGUUGUCAUUACAUGUGUGAUAAUGCUGCGAAAUUCACAAAUCUUACUGAGACCUUGAAUGAGGACAGUGCCUGUCUCAAGCAUUUUAUUUUCAUACAAGCUAAGAUAGAGCUGAGUAUCAAAGUAGGAAAAGAUGGACAUGUAUAUUUUAUAUUUACUCAUUGAAGAAUGUAUAAGACUGAAUUGUAUUAUAAUCAUAUCCAGUUGCUUGAAUAACUGCUACUUGGCAUGAAUUGUAUCAUAUUUUACCACAAAGGACAUGGUUAUGAAACAUACCACAAUGCAGGGUGUCGGACUUGCCAUUGAAAAUUGUACAGAUUGUAAUAAUCACAACAUCUUUG